AUGUCGGACUCAGCUCGAUGGAAAGCCACUGUCUACGUGGGUGGUCUGUCUCAAAUGGCGACUCAAAGUCAUGUUCUGGACGCUUUCAUCCCUUUUGGUGAAAUUGUCGAGGUCAAGGUGCCAAAACCUGACGCGCCAAAUUCUACAGAGUCUCACAGAGGAUUUGCGUAUGUCGAGUACGAGGAUGCUGCGGAUGCGAAGGAGGCUAUCGACAAUAUGGAUCAGUCGGAAUUUUUCGGGAAAGUCCUAAAGGUAUCGCAAGCCAAGGCACCCAAGAGUGCAGAGGAUGGCCUGGGCAGCAAGACAGCUAUCUGGGAGAAGGAAGGAUGGCUGGCUGAGCAACAUGGAACAGAAGAUGCGGAUGCAGUACAAGAUUCUGGUCCUGACCCUAUGCAAGGACUGGAACAACUGGACGUUGCAGGGCCAAAGCCUGAAUGA